AAACACAAUAAAAUUAUGCUGAAUACUUGUUCAACAUAUCAACUUUCCGGGAAGAGCAGCAAACUGCCACGACCAAAUUAUCUUCAAUGCACUCCCUUACAGUUUCUUCCCCAAACCCAUCUCUUAUUGGAGUUUUCCACAAUAAUUGCUGCAAUAAUCCUAGAUAUCUUGCAAGAAUUCAAAUCCCACUUCUUAAUCUCGUCGACUUUAAGCCUUCCGCUUCACUGCUCGCCGUUUCCUGCAGAAAUUACAGUAAGAAUGAGGUUUCUGGCAAAAGAAACAGAUUUUACUCAAGAAAUUCUGCCAGUCAAGAACAGGAAGCCAGGAUUUCUCAAGAAGAAGAAGAAGAUAUUGGCAGUGGUAGCAGCAGCAGCCCAUCUACCAGUUUCCUCUCGCUUCUUUGCCCCUUGCUUAAGCUCUUUUCUGCAGAAGAUCCUUCUGGCCCGCGGAAUUAUCUACUAGAGGAGGUUACGUCUUCAUUAUCUACUUUAGCAAGAUUUCCAUGGGGGUCAAGAUCACUAUCUGAUGGUUUAGACGACCAACAAAAGGUAGAUCCUCAGCUACAUCUGCAACUUUUUGAGUUUGAGGCGUGCCCCUUCUGCAGGAGGGUUCGAGAGGCCAUCACGGAGCUUGAUCUAUCUGUAGAGAUUUUUCCAUGUCCAAAAGGAUCAGUAAGACACAGGGCAAUGGUUAGAAGACUCGGUGGCAGGGAACAGUUUCCUUUCCUUGUUGACCCCAAUACGGGAACUUCAAUAUAUGAAAGCAGUGAUAUUGUCAAAUACUUAUUUCAGCAAUAUGGUGGAAAACGGAAUCCCUCAUUUGGCCUGUUAGAGAGCACACUUCUCACUGGAUGGAUGCCAACCCUACUCCGAGCAGGUAGAGGAAUGACAUUGUGGAAAAAUUCCACCAAAGAACUACCUCCAGCGAAAUUGGAACUUUUCUCCUAUGAAAACAAUCCUUAUGCUCGAAUUGUUCGUGAAGCACUCUGUGAGCUGGAACUUCCUUAUGUGCUACAGAGCGUGGGUAAUGGGUCAAAAAGGGCAAAGUUGCUCUAUGAGAUGUCCGGAUCAGAAGAGGUGCCUUACCUUGUUGAUCAUAACACUGGCAUGGAAAUCAGAGAGUACAAGAAGAUACUAUCCUACUUGUUUCAAACAUACUCUUCCGCCACCACAUAGUUCCCGAUAGUAUUCAUCUCCAGCUCCGAGAGUGAGGCGGCCAUUGGUAUCAUUAGGUUUAGGAUAUUGAAAGCAGAAGUACAACAUCAGUUGUGGAAUUUUCUCAAGAAGUUGUGAUGAAAGCCGGCAAGCAGACCUACCCAAUUCAGACCAUGAUUUUUAUCUCUCUCGUACUGCAUGAGAAAGGAGAGGAGAAGAAUAAGGUGGUUGUAAUGACUGGAACAAUAAAUUAAGUGCUGACACGAUUUUAUUUACUUGAAGAUAAAGUGUUAUAGGAUUCCGGCGUUCAGAUUGCUUUUGGACUAAACUUACUUUAUACUUGUUUGGAGGAUUGUAAUCAUCCUACAUAUAUAAUUAUUAUAACAUAAAAUAUCUAUACCCA